AUGGCCCACGGGCCGCGAUCCAACGGGCGACACCCCGUAAUCAACUACAAGCCGGUACAUAACGGCGACGACACAGCACCGAGCAUACUCGGUGAUCUCGUUCGUGAGGAAUUCCCUGCUGUGAAGUCGCUGCCCGUCCAUCUCCCGGGUCUCCAGGCUGUUCGAUUUCCCGCCGGAGCUGAAGAUAUGCCACAGCACUGUGUCUGGAAAUCAGUGAUCACAACCGAGGAGGUGUGA